AUGAGUAGGAGGCUAGAACUAUCCGGUCUAAAAGAUAAGAUUGCCAGUAAGUUAAAUCAACAAAAGCUAGGGAAGAAAGAGGGUAAGAAGAAAGAGGUUGAGAAGAAAGAGGGUAAGAAGAAAGAAGAACAAAAGUCUAGAGGUUUACAUAGUAGUCAAAAGAAUGAUGGUACUGUCCCUGCUGAUGUUGGCAAGAAAGGGUCACUGACGAAAACAAAGGGUAGAGAAGAAUAUCAGAAUACGCUACGUCAAGAGGCUUUUUCAUUGGGAGCCACUGAGGAAGAUUUUGCAUUGGUGAAAGGAAUAAUGAGCGAUGAUGAUGAUGAAAAGAGCGAAAUUGAGUUCAAUGACGAGUCUGACGUUGAAGCAUCGCUCAGUAAAGAUUUGAGUACAUUUAUGAAUGGCAUAGGAUUAGGUAAUAGCGAAGUGGCUGUUAUUGACGACCAUGAAGCAGAAAAGGAAGAGAAAAGGUUUGAUGAGGAGAGUCAAAAGGAAAAUGACAUUGAAGAAGAAGAAGAAGAAGAAGAAGAAGAAGAAGAUGGAGAAGAUGGAGAAGACGAUAGUGAAGAAUUGGCACCAGCAGAGGAAGACGUUUCAGACUCGACUUUGGAAGAAGAAGAUGCUCCAGAAUUGAUAGAAAAUGAUGGUGAUAUAGCCAAAGAAGCAAGAUCGGAUGCCAUUGUUAUCAAGGAAGCAAACUUGAGCAAUAAAAAGAAGGAGAAGAUGAAGGAGAAGGAAAAUGAUGAGAUAACAGACUUUUCAACUGUUUCAAGUGAAAAAUUAUUGAUUCCUACCCAGUUAGAGUGGUACAACAUUUACCCUAUUCCAACAGUACAACCCCCAAAGUUAGAUAGAUUUGGCAGAGAAAGACUUUUAGAACGAGCCAAGAGUACUUUGGAGAAAGAAAACAAAACCUACUUGGAAGAGUUUGCGUCUAAUAAUUCUCAAAAGAAGUUUUUGUCUCAAAUAUUAACAAGCGGUACUUUAAAUGAUAAGAUUUCUGCAUUGACCUUGUUAAUCCAAGAAGCACCUUUGCAUAAUCUCAAGGCAUUGGACACUUUGAUAGCUUACUGUGAUAAAAAAUCAAGGACUGCUUCUUUGCAGUCGAUUGCAGCGUUAAAAGAUUUGUUACUCAAUGGAUUAUUGCCUGAUCGUAAAUUAUUGGCAUUUGACAAACAGCCCUUAAAAAAGGAUGACACAGAUGCCCAAUUGGCAGUGUACUACUACGAGGAUACCUUAAAAAAGACAUACUUUAAAUUGAUUCAAAUUUUGGAAAAGUUAUCUCAAGACUCAAUUGUGCAUGUACGAAUAAAUGCAUUGACUCACAUUUUUGAUUUGUUGAGCUCAAAGUCGGAGCAAGAAGUGAACUUAUUGAAAUUGGGAGUAAACAAGUUGGGUGAUAUCGAUAAUAAAGUUGCCUCAAAAGCAUCUUUCUUAAUUUUACAAUUAGAGCAAGCUCAUCCUGCAAUGAAAAAGAUUAUUACCGAUGCUGUGAUUGACGUGAUUUUCCAAAGCAACAAUAGUGACCAUUCGAGGUAUUAUGGUGUCACAACACUCAACCAAACAAUUAUCACCAGAAAGGAAGAAGAAUUGGCAAAUACAUUGGUCAAGACAUAUUUUGCAUUGUUUGAGAAAGUCUUAGUUGAAACCGGCUCUUCAAUAAGAGAAGAAAACCAAGCAUCAACUAUAGGAAAGCCAAUAAAAGGUCGAAAGAAUAAUAGAAAAAACUUUAAAAAGGGCAAAAAAGGUGGGAAAUCUGUUAAGCUUGAUGAAAAGACUGAACAGGAUAUCAUUGAGGAGAAGAAUUCCAAAUUGUUUUCUGCUUUAUUGACAGGGUUAAAUCGUGCCUUUCCAUUUUCAAAUUUGCCUAAUGAUAUUUUCCAAGCUCAUUUAAACACCUUGUUCAAAAUCACACACAGUACUAAUUUCAACACUGCAAUACAGGCAUUGAUUUUGAUUAACCAUAUAGUCACACAGCAAAAGUUGAACUCGGAUAGAUAUUACAAGACAUUGUACGAGUCUUUGUUAGACUCUAGGUUGGUAAAUACUUCGAAACAAGGAAUAUACUUGAAUUUAUUGUACAAGUCUUUGAAAAACGACAAGGACAAUAUUCCAAGGGUUUUGGCUUUUGUCAAGAGAAUUAUGCAAGUUAUUGCACAUUGGUUGAAUGUUGGUGCAAUAUCUGGUAUGUUGUUUUUGCUAAUGGAAUUGUCCAAGACAAUACCAGAAAUUUCCACCUCCCUCUUUAGGUCAGGUGAAGCAGUGCUACAAAAGCAAAAAUCGGAAGAAAGCAUCCCAUCGAAGGAGCAGGAGCAGGGGAAGGAGGAAGAAAAGGGGAAAGAGCAAGAAAAAGAGCAAGAGAUAGCGCAUGAUUCUUAUGACCCCAAAAAACGUGAUCCACAACAUGCCAAUGCCCUCAAUUCCUCUUUAUGGGAACUCAACCAAUUUGUGAACCAUUAUCAUCCCACAGUUGCCAUUUAUGCGGAAUCAUUUAUGAAUGGUACAUCUCAGCCGAAACCCGAUUUGGGAUUAUACACACUUGCCCACUUUUUGGACAGGUUUGUUUAUAAAAAUGCCAAACAAAAAGCACAGACAAAAGGUUCAUCUAUUAUGCAACCUUUGGGAGGUGUACACACAGGAGAUUUAUUAGUCAAAGCAACAAACACUUUGAAUAAGGAUUUGCCUGCAAAUACAGAAAACUGGUUGGACAAAAAAAUCACUGACAUCAAGGCCGAUGAAAGAUUUUUCUAUGAAUAUUUCACAACUAAAGUUAACAAGUUGAAAAAUAAGAAAACUGAAAAAGCGAAUGAAGGGGUAGACGAGGAGGAUAUUGAUGAUGAUGAUGAUGGUGAUAUGGAUGAUGAUGCUGUAUGGCAAGCAUUAGUGAAGUCAAAACCAGAUGUUGAAGAUAUAUCUGAUGAUGAUGGACAAUUUGAUUUUGAUGAAGCAGAUUUCUCAGAUUUGGAUGAUGAUGAUGAACAAGAAGAAGAGCAAAUAGAGGAAGGCGAGUUUGGAGAUAACGAAUUUGACCAUUCGUUUGAUUUGAAAAAUCCGGAGGUUUCUAAGAAGACCCAGAACGAAGAUGACGAGGACGAGGACGAGGACGAGGACGAUGAAGCAAAUUAUGAUUCCGAAGAUGAAGAAGACAAUGAGAUCUUUAAUAUAAACAAUGACGACGAAUUAUCGGAUUCAGAUGUCGAGUUACAAAUGUUGGGAAACGGUGAGGACUAUGAAGGUGAUGAAUCGAGCGAAUUUGAUGUGGAAGAAGAACAAGAAUCAAUUACAGAAGCUUCCAAUCUAGGCAAGAAACGAGCAAGGUCGGAUGAAUUGGAACACGAUAAGAGCAAGGACAGCAACAACAAGAAGAAAUCAAAACAUCAAAGAUUAAAAGACCUUCCGCUAUUUGCAUCUGCCGAAGAUUAUGCACAGUAUCUUGAGUAG